CUCAUUUGUGAUUCCAUCCCAGGAUAACGUGAUCCAAUCCCUGCGCCUUCCUUGACGCUUGUGCUACCCGAAGUCACCGAAGGCGAACGUGCAGAUGGCGGCCGCCAUCUCGAGGAGCGGCGCGGCGCUCUUCAUCUCUACCAUCAAUACCCGCCUCCAUUACAAUAAGAUGGUCUCCGUCUCUGCCCGUUGCUUCUCCAUCGUCCGCUCCCACGGGACCUUCACCGGUCGCCACUACUCGCUCCUCCGCUCAUCCCGAACGGCGAGAGUAUACUGCUCCGACUCCCCUCAGUCGACGGCCGCCGAGGCCGCCAGUGCGACGGCGGAGGAAGGCGCUCCUCCUGGUCCCCCUCCGGACCCGCUUCGUGAGUCGGCCGACUCGCUGGACAUCCGGGUCGGGCGCAUCCUCAAGGCGUGGAGGCACCCCGAGGCCGAUUCCCUGUAUGUGGAGGAAGUAGACGUCGGCGAGCCGGAGCCGAGGACCAUCUGUAGCGGUCUCGUCAACUACAUUCCUUUGGAGCACCUCCAGGACAUCAAAGUUGUCGUUCUUGCUAACCUGAAGCCCAGGAACAUGCGAGGAAUCAAGUCAAAUGGAAUGCUUAUGGCUGCUUCUGAUGAAUCUCAUGAAAAUGUUGAGCUUCUUAUACCUCCCGAAGGUUCAAUCCCUGGUGAAAGAAUUUGGUUCGGCUCAGAGGAUGACAAAGAUAAGCAACCCGAUGCUGCAUCUCCUAAUCAGGUAAGGCCUUUGGAUAUCAGGAUUUUUAACCUUCUGUAUACUGUUACUUAUGUGACAGCAUAUAAUCCAACGGCAUAUUGA